AUGGCGACGACACCACAAGAGCUCUGCCAGCGCCUCUUGCAGCAGGUCAGUCAGUUGGGCCAGCUGCCCCUCCUCAAGGUGUGUCAACACCUUGAUCUUCCUGGUUAUGGCACCAUUGAGGGAAAGGAAGACAGCCCGAAAAUGCUGGUCAGGAAGAUCUCCCGUCAUCUGCUGCGAGAGGAACUGGAGGAGCAGGAGGACGAGGGAAUGUCGGCUUAUCAAGAACUGCAGAACUGGCUCACUGAGCUUACGGCUGGAGAUGAUCCCUUGUCUUCAGCACCCCAGGUCUCUAGCCCUCCCUCCGACCAGAAGCCUGCUGAUGUCACCACUUCCCCAUCGCCGACCCACAGCCUACUGCAUCUAACGAGGAGGGAGUUCAAGAUUUCGGGCCAGAUUGGUGAGCCAGGUCAGCGAGAUAGGCUCACUUUCUCCAGCUUAGCUCACCAAAUCGAGCAUGGCCGGCUAAAGGGGCAUACCGAGCACGAGAUUGUGGAAGGCGUCAUCAGGGCCGUGGUACCAGGAUCGGCACUUCGGAGCUACCUCGAAGGGCGAGUGGGGCUGACGUUGCCCAAACUGCGUCACAUUCUCCGUAGCCACUACCAAGAAAAGGACGCUACCGAGUUAUAUCAUCGGCUAUCUCGCCUAGCUCAAGAUGGCAAAGAGUCGGCUCAAAGUUUUCUGAUCCGUGCCCUCGACCUUAAGCAAAAGGUCAUCUUUGCAUCACAGGAGGCAGAUUCCGGGCUGAAGUAUGAACCCAGUCUGGUACAGCACAUGUUCUUGCACGCACUUCUCACAGGGUUCAGGAGUGAAGCAGUAAGGAAUGAACUUCGACCCCUGCUGCUGGACCCCAAGACACCUGACGAGGUUCUUUUUGAGAAGGCCAACAUAGCAGCAAGCCAUGAGAUGGAGCGUCAAGAGAAAUUGCACACCAAAGCUAUCUCCGUCCACGAAGUCCAAAGCAAUGCCCCCACUCAAGAGCAAAAGAAGAAGCCCAAGGAGGGCACUUUGAUGACAGACAUCGCCGAGCUGAAAGCAGGGAUUGCAGAGAUUGCUACCCUUAAGCAGCAAAUCUCAGGCAUUCAGGAGACUCUCACCAAGAAACCACAGGACCAGAGGCAACCCAGGCAACGAUCACUUCGCAAGAGGGUGCCGGACAAGGAGACCGAGGUCGGGAAACGACGAGGGGUUACUGCCGAGGGACGGGCAGUAACCAGGGACGUCAAAGCCUCCAAGUCCCCCCAUGUGUUCAAUGUGUCUUCAUCAAAGCAGACAGAAGUAGCCCGGCUCGUUGGUAAGAGGUGCCUAGUGAACUGUACCAUACAGGGCGUAAAGACGAGAGCUUUGUGGGACACCGGAGCGCAGGUCUCCAUCAUACCAGCACAGUGGAGAGCAAACCAUCUGCCAGGUUUGAAUUUACGGCCCCUAUCCGAACUUCUUGGAGGAGAAGAGCUCAGCCUUACAGCAGCAAAUGGGUCCCCAAUUCCCUAUGAUGGCUGGCUUGAGGUAACCUUUGGGUUGACAGCAGGGCGGGGACAUGUCAUCAGCGUUCCGGUUUUGGUGACUCGUUCUACCACAGAAGUUCCCAUUAUUGGAUAUAAUGUGAUUGAGGAGGUGGUAAAAGGUGGGGAUGAAAGGGGUCACCCAGUUCGAGCUGUUGAGGCGGCAUUUCCCUCCAUGGCAAGGCGAGAACUGAAGGCGCUAGUCGACCUCAUACAGGAGCCACAGCCCGAGAACUUCGGCAGUGUGCAAGUCAGAAAUGUGAAUGUGACCAUCCCCCAGCGAAGCUCUACUUGGGUAACUUGCCGAACAAGGUUGUGCGUACCAGUUCAGGACACCACAGUUCUCUUUGAACCGGCAGUGGGACCAGCACUCCCGGAAGAUCUUCAUGUGGACCCUUCGGUAGUAAAGCUGAGAAAAGAGGGAAGGCAAACAUGUAUCUCCGUCUUUGUGUCCAACCUCUCCAACUGUGACAUCGUCCUCAAGAGACGUACAACUAUUGGUUCUGUAGAGGGGAUAAUUUCAAUGGAGCGACUACAGAACAGUCAGCCAGAGGAACACCUAACAAAAGCCGUCCACUCCAUGACAGUGACACCAGCCACACGACACGAUGGCAACUCAUGGGUGCCCCCAGUUGAUGUAAGCCACCUAGCAGAGCAUGAGUGUCAAGCUGCCGUCCAGAUGUUGCGAGAAGAGGCAGGAGCAUUUGCUCGGGAUGACCAUGACAUGGGCUGCAUCACAGACCUAAAGAUGCACAUCCGUCUUCAAGAUGACCGGCCAGUACAGAAAACAUACUUGUCAAUUCCGCCACCCCUAUAUGGAGAAGUGAAGUCCUACCUGAGAGACCUGAUUGAACGAGGUUGGAUUGAGAAAUCAGAAUCUCCCUACUCAUCUCCCGUUGUCUGUGUGAGGAAAAAGGAUGGAUCUCUAAGGUUGUGUAUCGACUAUAGAGAGCUGAACCAGAAGACGAUUCCAGACAGGCAGCCAAUUCCACGCAUCCAAGACGUACUUGAUGGCCUUGGAGGAAACAGGUGGUUUUCGACCCUAGACCAGGGAAAGGCGUAUCACCAAGGGUUUGUUGAGGAGGAGAGUCGCCCGAAGACAGCAUUCAUUACUCCUUGGGGUCUGUACCAAUGGAACCGCAUCCCGUUUGGCCUGACCAAUGCCCCUGCAGUCUUUCAGAGGUGCAUGGAGUCCUGUCUGGAGGGGUUGGUCGGAGAAAUCGCCGUAGUGUACCUAGAUGACAUACUGGUGUAUGGCACAACAUUCGAGAGUCACCUUGAGAAUCUUCGUCAAGUCCUGAGGCGUCUCCAAAACCACGGAGUUAAACUGAAGCCAAGUAAGUGCCGUCUUUUCCAGAAAGAGGUACGGUAUCUUGGUCGAAUCAUCUCCAGCGAUGGUUACAAAAUGGACCCUGCUGACACUGAGGCGGUCGAGGCGCUAAGGACCAAGACACCCGCUACAGUUGGUGAGCUACGCAAGUUCCUUGGCCUACUCGGAUAUUAUCGGCAGUAUAUACAAGAUUUCUCGAGGAAGGCGAAGCCCCUGUACGACCUCCUGAGAAACCCCACUCCUGAGGGUACCACAACGAACAGCGACACUCCGACCCGAGGGAAGUCCAAACACAAAGCGACCUCCAGUAAGAACAUUGGACAGUUACCAUCUAGACAGAAGAUAGAGUGGACAGCGAAGCACCAACAAGCGCUAGAAGGCCUGCUGGAUUGCCUCACUCGUCCCCCAGUGAUGAGCUUCCCCGAUCAUGACAAACCGUUUGUCCUGCAUACAGAUGCCUCCAACGACGGACUGGGCGCAGUUCUUUAUCAGGAAAAAAACGGCAAAAUGAGAGUGAUAGGAUAUGGAUCCCGAACGCUCAGCCCUGCAGAGAAAAACUACUAUCUCCACUCUGGGAAGCUGGAAUUCCUUGCACUGAAGUGGGCGAUAACGGACAAGUUCCGUGAUUAUUUGUUCUAUGCGCCCUCAUUCACAGUGUUCACUGACAAUAAUCCACUCACUUAUGUCCUUACAUCGGCCAAACUAAAUGCGACAGGACACCGGUGGGUAGCCGAACUCGCUGACUUCAACUUCAAGAUUAGAUAUCGCCCAGGACGGAACAAUGCCGACGCAGAUGUGCUGUCUCGCUUCCCACUGGAUGUCAGCGAGUACAUGGCUCAGUGUACAGAGGAGGUAACAACGGACCACAUCAGUGCAGCAGCCAAUGCAGUCAUAGCCAGGCAAUCAGUCUUUUGCCCAUGGAUCACAGCGGUUACAGCUGACACGUCCUGCCCUGAUGAUGAGACAACAUCGACCCAACAAAUCAGUAAACAAGAGCUGAAGACAGCCCAGCAAGCCGACAAUGUCAUUGGCCCUGUUCUUCGUCACGUUACCAGUGGACAACGACCAGAUAGACAGGAUCGGGCAGGUGAACACCCAGACACCACUAUUCUUCUCCGUGACUGGUGUAAGCUGAGUGUCGACAAGGAUGGGGUGUUACUUCGCAAAUCAGGCAAAAGAUCCCAACUCAUCCUUCCUCGCCAGUACCAUUACUUGGUGUACAAGGAGUUGCACGAGGAAAUGGGUCAUCUUGGUGCAGAGCGAGUCAUCCACCUAGCCCGAGAACGCUUCUACUGGCCCCACAUGCAGCGAGACAUUGAACAUCAUGUCACGAGGGUCUGCAGAUGCCUCAAGCAACGCAAGCCAAACCGCCAGACUCGUGAGCCGCUCCACAGCAUAGUGACGACAGCCCCCUUUGAGAUGGUGUCCAUUGAUUUCGUACAUCUGGAAAGGAGUGUGGGAGGGUAUGAGUAUAUCCUGGUGGUGAUGGACCAUUUCACCCGGUUCGCCCAAGCAUACCCGACCACCAACAAGUCGGGCAGAACAGCAGCUGACAAAAUCUUUAACGAUUUUGUCCUACGGUUCGGUUUCCCCCAUAAACUCCAUCACGACCAGGGGAGGGAGUUUGAAAACCAACUGUUCCAGAGGUUACAGACACUGUGCGGCAUUUCACCAUCCAGAACGACCCCAUACCACCCACAAGGAAACGGUCAGGUUGAGCGAUUCAAUCGAACCCUUCUGGGGAUGUUACGCACCCUACCGGAGAAGGAAAAGUCCCGCUGGAAGGAGUCGGUGAACAAGAUGGUGCACGCAUAUAACUGUACUCGUUCCGAUGCCAUGGGGUUUUCACCGUUUUUCCUUCUAUAUGGCCGUCAACCUCGCCUGCCCGUUGACCUGAUGUUUGGGUUGGAGCAGAAAACAGAACCCCUGAAGAACCACCAAGAAUUCAGCCAGCGCUGGAGAAGACAAAUGGAGGAAGCCUACGAAGUGGCCAGGCAAGCAGCAGCGAAGAAUUCUGCACGGGGUAAAAGCCACUACGAUCGUAGAGAGCACAGUAGCAUCCUUCAUCCUGGUGAUAGAGUACUUGUGCGGAACCUCGGUGAGACGGGUGGCCCAGGCAAGCUGCGAGCCCAUUGGGAAAAGGAAGUUCACACUGUGAUCAAACGGCUCAGUGAUGACUCCCCAGUCUAUGAACUUCGCCCUGAGAGCGGGAGAGGAAGAACGAGGACCCUUCAUCGAAAUUUGCUACUGCCCUGCAAUUAUUUGAUGGCAGAAGAGAAGGAUGAACCUCAAACGUUGUCCAGUACUAGAAGCAGACGGGCCCAGAAACCCCUACCCCAACCAGCACCCCGCACCAGAAGACAGCCCCCGAGUACGGCACUGCUGGAGAGUGACUCAGAUAGCUCUGAUGAUGGGUGUCUAAUUCAGCUACGACCAGUCCCAGCCCCCCGCAGACGCCAGCAGCCAGGUAGAACCACUAGCACUACUUCUUCCCUGAACCACAACGCAGAGGUCUUCAUUCCGGCUGAACAUGGGAAGAAAGGGGUAAAACAGGUAGCCCCUGAGCCAAUCAUCAGCCAUGAGCCAGUGGUCCAACCGCGGCCAGUGGUCAGCCCUGAGCCUGCAGUACGCCCUGAACUAGUGACUAGCUCCGAGGCAGGGGUCAACCCCGAUCCAGUCGCCAGCCUGGGGCCAGCUGCCAACCCUGAGCCAGUGGUUAGGCCGGAGACAGUCACCAGCCCUGAGCCAGACGUAACCCCUGAGUCAGUCGUCAGCUCACAGUCAGACGUAAAGCCAGUCAUCAGUCCAGAGCCAGUCAUCAGUCCAGAGGCAGCCUUCCACCCUGAGACAGCCUCUAAGCCUGAGACAGCCUUGAGCCCUGAGCCAUCUGUCAACCCAGCACCCGCGGCUGCCCCCGUCCCAGUUAGGCCAGCAGCAGAAACUGUCCCAGAACCCCCGGAAGAAUGCCCCAGUUACCCAACAAGACAACGGCAUCCCCCACAGCGGCUGAUGUAUGGACAGUUGGUACCAGCCUAA